AUCGUAAAUUCAAACAAUUAUUAGAUAAGAAAGUUGGUGUGAGUACUGUUAAUGAAUUUGUAAACGCUAGAAGUAAAGCUAUCAAAGUCAUUAAAGUGGAUGAAACAUUUAGUAGUGUGGUGAUUUCAUUAAUGUCUAUUUAUAAAUCAAAAUCUGAACCUCUAAUAGAUUUUUGA